AUGUCCCUCCUCACGCUCCCCAACGAGCUCCUCCUCCUUAUCGCCGACCACCUCCCCCUCCCCUCCCUCCUCCACCUCCACCUCACCAACCACCGCCUCCACCACCUUACCACCCACCAUCUGCACACCCACGCCACCCUCGACCGCCACAGCUACGGCAUGGUCCUCCCCGCCCUGCACUGGGCCGCCUGGUACAACCACCUCUCCCUCGCACGCCUCCUCCUCACCACCAUCUCCCCGGCUCCCCCAAUCGACGCCAAAACGAGCGAGCACGGCAAAACCGCCUUACAGUGCGCCGCAUGGCAGGGCCAUAUAGACAUGGUCCGCUUCCUCCUCGACCACGGCGCGGACAUCAACGCGCGCGACGACAGGUUCGGCAAGUCGGCGCUGCACCAGGCCGUGGUCCGCGGGUGGACCGAGGUGGUACAGCUGCUGCUGCAGCGCGGCGCGGACGUGGCCGCGCGCGAUCAUGGCGGCAUGACGCCGCUGCUGUGGGCGGUCAAGUGUCAGGGUGCUGGUGAGUCGCUUGUGGGCAUUUUCCGGAUGCUGCUGGAAAACGCUGCGGCGACAGCGGCGGCAGCGGCGGCAGCGGGUGAAGAGGGUGAUGAGGGCGGGGAUGGGAAGGGCGGAGAGGGUGUGGUGGACGCGCAGGAGUAUGAGCGCGGCGAGACAGCGCUGCACUGGGCUGUGUGGCGGGGGCAGCGGGCGACGGUGGCAUUGUUGACGGAGUUUGGGGCCGAUGCGGAUGUCGCCAGUGUGGAUGGGGAGACGGCGGUCGAGUGGGCGGUGCGCAAAGGGGAUGAGGAGAUUACGAGGAUGGUAGUGGGGAGGUGUGAGGUUGCUGAGAUGCUACUGGCGGAGGAGAAGGCAGUGGUGGAGGGCGGGGCCGGAGGUGAGGGUGAGGGGGACGGAGCCGGUGAUAAGGAGGAGAAGGGAAAGAGGUGGGGGAGGAGGAUUAGGAGUAUUGGCAAGGUGGUCGGGAGGAUGUCGCUGAUGAGGCAGUUGGAGAGGAGGCAGGUGAAGGAGUUGGGGGAGGUGUGA